UGUCGCUCGUCAACAUCCUGCCUUAUUACUCGCUCGUGAACAAAUGAAACAUUAAGAACCGCAUUCAAGGAGAGAAAAGAAAACAUCGAGGGCGAAUUCAGUAUGCACACCCCCCAUCCAUGUUGAAAGUCACGAGGAAGCGGUCAUCGACGUAGCGAAGAAAGCAUCACAAACACCAGGGGGAGGGAGCUACUUAGGUGAUGUCAACGUCUCGGCGAUAUUGGACUCUUUCAGCGCCAGCUACGACAAAAGAGUAAGACCAAACUACGGAGGACCUCCGGUCGAUGUGGGCGUUACCAUGUACGUGUUGAGCAUCAGCUCACUCUCUGAAGUCCAAAUGGACUUCACGUUGGACUUCUACUUCCGGCAGUUCUGGACGGACCCGCGGCUAGCCUUCCGGAAGCGGCCUGGCGUAGAGACCCUCUCCGUCGGCUCAGAGUUCAUUAAGAACAUCUGGGUGCCGGACACGUUCUUCGUCAACGAGAAACAGUCCUCCUUCCACAUCGCCACCACGCUCAACGAGUUCAUCCGGAUACACCAUUCAGGAUCAAUCACCAGGAGUAUUCGACUCACAAUCACAGCAUCAUGCCCAAUGAACCUACAGUAUUUUCCAAUGGAUAGACAACUGUGUCACAUAGAAAUAGAAAGCUUUGGCUACACAAUGCGAGACAUCCGAUAUAAAUGGAACGAAGGUCCCAAUUCUGUCGGUGUGUCUAACGAGGUGUCGCUGCCUCAGUUCAAGGUGCUUGGACACAGACAGAGGGCCAUGGAAAUCAGCCUUACCACAGGAAACUACUCCCGUUUGGCGUGCGAGAUCCAGUUCGUGCGUUCGAUGGGGUACUACCUGAUCCAAAUCUACAUCCCGUCCGGCCUGAUCGUAAUCAUCUCCUGGGUGAGCUUCUGGCUGAACAGGAAUGCAACGCCUGCCCGAGUAGCCUUGGGCGUCACCACAGUGUUGACGAUGACAACGCUGAUGUCGUCUACCAACGCGGCACUGCCCAAAAUCUCCUACGUCAAAUCUAUUGACGUUUAUCUGGGCACAUGCUUCGUCAUGGUUUUUGCUAGUUUAUUGGAAUACGCCACAGUCGGAUAUAUGGCGAAACGAAUACAAAUGAGGAAAAACAGGUUCCUAGCAAUCCAGAAGAUUGCAGAACAGAAAAAGCUGAACGUGGACGGUGGUCCCGACAGUGACCACGCACCAAAGCAAACAGUUAGCCGACAAACAGUUGGCAGCUUCCAGAGAUACCAGGAGGUGCGCUUCAAAGUGCAUGACCCGAAAGCGCACAGCAAGGGCGGCACCUUGGAGAGCAAAGUAAAUGGUGGUCGUGGUGGAGACCGUGGAGGGGGUGGGGGAGGUCCUGAACGGCCCGACGAAGAGGCCGCAUCCGCCCCCAUCCCCCAACACAUCAUACACCCGAACAAGAACAUCAACAACAUCUAUGGUGUCACACCCGCCGAUAUCGACAAGUACUCUCGAAUCGUGUUCCCAGUGUGCUUCGUGUGCUUCAACCUCAUGUACUGGAUCAUCUACCUUCACAUCUCGGACGUGGUGGCGGACGAUCUAGUGUUGCUAGAAGUGGACAAAUAAGUGCCAGGUAGAAUGUGUAUAAUGAUGUACUAUGUCGCGGAUUGGGGUCAUCUUCUACUGAUUGCGGCAAAUAAGAAUUCGUAUAUGAAGGUUUAUAUGCACGCACUUAAAUGAAUACUCCCAAUGUCCCAACAUUCAAUGUUUCUUUCACUUUUUCCAAAUAUUUGAUGCUAAGAACUGCAGCUCUCAUGACAGUACCCUUAUAUCGUUACAAAAGAGCUCUUCGCGACGAUCCUGUAUAAUAUGUCAGCAGGUCACCAUUUGAUCUAAGAGUUAUCACUGGACCCCAUAGGGGUAUCUUACACUGAAGUAACCUGUCAAUAACUUUGGAGGCUAAAACGAACGCCUGAUUUGGAUUCAGCAAUCCUAGAAACCGAAAUGUGCAGGUUUUCAGACAAAUUCAAACAUUUUACACGCGUUUAGCUUGGAAUAUGUAUACAUAUUUUGACCUUGAAAUAACAAAUGCCACCUGAAACAAAAAAUAGUUUUUUUGUUGAAAAGCGUCUUAGCAGUUUUUUGAGUUCGACCUAUAAGCGACUUGACCCCGAGGUAAUAGGAGUCAGCCGACCUCAAUAAUAAGACCAGUGACCUCAAACAUGCUAAAAUACCUCUAUGAUGUCCACUGAUAACUAUUUGAUCAAAUGUUGAUAUGUUAUUAUACUAAUUGAUUAUGAUCCGGCAAGACCUCGACACCUAGGUCCCUGGACGUUAUAUCAGAGUUUUUUAGAAAUUAGAGCAUCUACCACAACUGAGGAAGGUGACGGAGUUUCCCUUUUGUUGUCCAACGCUCUCCCACAAUGAAUUUUUAUAUUAAUAAGUCUACAUAAUGUUGCCCCUACACAAAAAUUGCAGUUCCUAAAGAGCUGUAGUUUUUGGUAUUCAAUAACCUAGUAGGUAGGGAAACUAAUGAUUAAAAAUAUGAGCUCAAGUAUUAUUGUGAUAAAAACAUAGUUAUCUUUUGUUACAUUCCGCAUCUGUCAAAUGACUCCAGUCCUUACAUUUGACGUCAAGAACACUACAAGUGAUUUUUUACGAGAUGUAUGAGACUUUUAACUGAUUACAGAUCUACACAUGAUAUAGCCUAGUACUCAUGGAAAAGAUCUUUUGAAGUCCUCUUCUGGUUGAUCAUGUACUUUAAUCCAUAUCUGUUAAGCUGUACUUUCUGGAAGAGACGGUUAGACAAAAAGAAAGCCAAAUGGAUCUUGGACAAGUGGAGUAGUAUACGCCUAUGUGCAUAACAAAAUAUCUACUUUUUGGCGUAAUUUCGCGACUAAGUGUAAGGUAGUAGAAUUUUUUGCACUUCUUGCAGGAUGUAAAUCUUUACAAACUUUAUGUAGACCAAGCGCUAAAUGGAAUUGAGUGUGCGAAAUGCGAGGACCGCACUUCUUGAGCAGAUAUCAACUGCGAAGAGGUCUAAGAAUAAUAAUCCGGAUCUAGCCUGGUCACAUUUUGGUCGAACAGCAAAGGUCAUCAGUAACUUUUUUCUAAACUAUAUGCUAUUCAAUAUCUGAAAAAUCCAAAAAAUCAGCUUCAAUGAUUAAAAACUCUAAUUUUUUUUUUAGUUGCAAGGUAUAUAAAGAAAAGCAAAAACCUUUUCCUGCAAGAACCCGAAGCGUAUUUCAAGAUUUUAAAGCUAGGUUAUUAGGCCAAAAUUGGCAACCUUUUGAUUUUGACACACUGUACAUACCACCUUCAUUAAAUUGAAGCCGAAGCCAAUGUUUUCUUUAUAGCAAAGUCCAUCGGGGCGCUCCAAAAGUCGUGGAAACGUAGUGAUGGGAGUCAUUUCCAAUCAGAAAAGCCAUGUAACAUAUGUUAUCCAAUUACGCACGGCUUUUAGGUUAUCUCCAUUUUAAAGAAUUUGUAGAAAAUCGCUUCUUUCAUUUUUGACUAAUGACUAAUAAUGUUGUUAACUACAAUUUUUGUUUUGCUGCUCCACUUAACAACCUAUUAUCCAUUUAAUUAGAAUAAAUAUAAAUUAAUUAAAGUAACCUAUAAAAUCGCUACAUUGCAUGUACUCCACAUAUUUCCUUUAUACUUAUAGGGGGUUAAAAGAAAAUGGACCAAAAAGUGUGCCGGUAAGAUCUGGAUUAUUGCUCCUUGACCUUUCCUCACUUGAUAUCUGUUCAUAAAGUGCAUACUUUGAUAACUCAAUUCCCUCCAGCACCUGCACAAUAUGUACUGUGCGAAAAUCAAAAUGUCUAAAUAACUAGCUUAAAAAUCAGUUUAAAAUAAAUUAAUCUUGAAAUACUUUUCACAGCCUUGUAGGGGAAUGUUUUAGCUUCACUUUGGAUAAUUGACAACCUCCAAAGUAAUGAUUGUUAAUCGAGUUCUCAAUCAUUGAAGAUGGACACAAAACGUAUAUUUUUUCGCUUGUUGUAGAAGGAAUCGAAUAUAUUCAUUUAAACCGUUACAUUGGACCAUUUUGAUCCGAAUCAAGAAUUUGUAAAUAGUAAACGGAAAAUUGGGCCUAAAUGGCUUGUAGCUCGGAAGCGAAAAUUACUAAGGACCUUUCUUGUUCAGAAUGAUUCGAGGAAAAAAUUUCCAGAGCAGUUUUUUGUAAUGAUUUUUUGCACACUCAAUUCCAUCAAACGGAUGGUCUAUAUCUCGAAAAGACUAUUUGAAAGUAAAUUCUUUGAGUACUAGACUAGUACCGACAAAAAGGCGUCAUCAACGAUCACAUAAUUUUUCUCGUGCCUGCUUACGGCUUCAACGGCGAACGUUUGCGCACAUAUUUGUUAUUAUCAUUUUCAGUCAGAUCAGAUACAUUUUUGUUAUUCAUUAAUUGACAAUUUGAUGCAAAAUUAAGAGGACAGAUGUAGUCAGCGAUCACUUAUGGAAGAUACGAGAACAGUGAACGAAUAUGUAUGGUUAAGGAAUGUUACUUCAUGUGUAACUAUACAUUGUUAUCUUACUGGCCAAAUGACGCCUUGCAUAAAAGGGCAAAUCUAACAAAAUCUUCUUAUAUAUCAUUCGGAGAAUGUGACGGUCAGUUAUAUCCUAGUUUUAAUUGUUUCUUAAGACUAAGAGAUCAAAAAUGUUGGAUAUUGAAAUGAAAAAACAUCAUUGUAUAUACAAUACAAUUGUCAAUUAAACACACUAUAUUGGAUAACCCCGGCCACAAUGUAUUUGGCAGAAGUGACUGAAUGACACUGACUAUGUCUGUAUUAUAAGAAUAUGUAGGAUUCUAAUUUUGGUCAAUUUCAAAACAUUAUUUUUGUCUAUGCAUAAUCUUUGAAACGUUUUACACACAAUUUAGGUAUUAGAAAAUAUAUACAAAAAUUAAUAGGUCUUUUAUAUUUAACUCAUUUACUGUCUAAUACUGAGAGAUGAGGGAACUGUAAUAUCUAGAAGGCAAACUACCUAAAUUCAAAAUAAUGAUAUUGAUCACGUACACUGCACUACUGACUACUGACCUUUACUACAAGUAUUAAAUGUACAUACAGUCCCCUAAUGUCUCACAACUCAAAAUAUACAAACAUACGUCGAAGAGUCUCAGCAAAAACAUCUCUUAGUAGGGGAGCCCAAAAGGGGAUUUACUCGAGCGCGUCAUAUUAAUAUAAGGAAUGAUACCUUGCAUCCUCUUGAGUCAAUCCGGUCUAUUUCACAUGGUCGCGAGUCAUCCAGAUAGUCUGGCUUUAACGAUGAGGUAUUUCGUAUGAAUUUUUGUCGUAAUCACCAAGUAGCUUGAAAAGAGCUGUUUAGUAUAAAUGUAACGUUUUAUAAAUCUUUUAUGGCAGCUUAGCAACACCGCCUCGGUAGCCAAGGACCCUCCGCACCUAGAUCUCUGUUUUUAUUUGUAAACCAGUCAUAGUCCAAGAGCAGACCGUAAAGUUCUUGUUACUACGUGUACUGAUAUGGAAUGUUAAAAACUAGGGAAAUCUUACAUAUUUUGACGCCAAAUAGCACACUCGGCAUUGUUUGCUGUUUAGCGACAAAAUACGUAAGUUGCAACUAGUUUUUAUCAUAUCAUAUCAGUACGCGAUGAUGUAGUAAAAAAUUUGCGAUCUGCUUCACUACUAUGAUGCAGAUGACUGUCAAGGACAAUGGGGCAGAUCAGCAGAUUAUAAAGACAUUCCGCGAAGUGUCUUCUCUUGAUAUAACUACUCUUUACCAUGACCUUUUUUUCUUUCUGCGGUCUAAUCUACGCAAUAGUCUACGUCGCUCGAGCAACUGCCAAUUAAGCCUCUUGGGCUCCCUUACUAUUUGAAUUAAGUACAUAACUCUACGUUUAUGAUUUUCUAGAUCAGUUGUAUAUGUUACAGUUAAAGUACAUACUGAGCUAGAUUAUAGACUAGCUGGGUAGUAUACAAACUAUCCAUAUGUCUGGUUACUUUGAUGGAAAAUCAACUUUUCACAAAAUUAGUCUAUAAACUGUACAAUAUUUAACGCCAAAGUAAAAACUUCAACAAUAUUAGAUAAAUUAACAAGAAUUUUUGGCUAGUUCAUAAAGUAUCCACAGUAGGUAGAUAAAGUGUGAGCUCAGCAUUCCUAGGAAUAUACUCGUAUAAUAACCAAUUCGUUGGUUAAUAUUGUAAACUAUCUAAUUCUCUGGUUAAUUUAUUUGUUGGUUUGUAGCAAAGCAUUUGUUAUUGCUUAGUAUCGUGUCUUGUGAAAUUCGUUCCUAAAUAAGCAUCCAGCUAUUGAAAAUAAAUCAACAGUAGGAAUUUGAAAAAAUACUCUUCGAACUUUAUGACCAAAAGUCACAGAAUUCAAAAUUAAUGAAUGAUAGUGAUUAUACUAAACUUUUGCAACGUAAAAAGACAAUACGUGAAUCUGGACCUAACCCUAAAAACAAGAAUGAUUAAUAUGUGGUAAAUACUUAUGAUUUACAUAUAUACAAAGUGUAAAUGUUUUGCUACCGGAUAUACUUGUAACAGCAAGUGCCACAACAGUGCAACUUGCUCCAAUAAAUAAUAAUGUUCUUUGUUUCAGAACUUCAAUGUUUUCGGGUUCAUUAUUAAUAUUUUGCCACACAAAUACUAUUUCUGCUACUUCUUUUUUCUUAUUUUUGAGUAGUAAUAGAAAUGUUACGUUGUACAUAAAAAUAAAAUAUAUUUUUGAUAGAGAAUUAUUUUACUAUCCUAAACUAAAUUAGCCAAAGAGGAUUGGAUAGUUUACAUACUAACCAAUGAGUUGGUUAUUAUGUAUUAAUAGUGAUAUUAAGUUCACACUUUAUCCAACUACUGUGGAUAGUUUGUGAACUAGCCACAAAUUCUGGUUAAUUUAUAUAACUUUCUUGUGGCUUGUACUUUGGCGAUAAAUCUUGUAUAUUUGAUAGACUAACUGGAUAGUAUACAAACCAACCAUACCUUUGCAUAGUUUAUAUACUAUCCAGCUAAUCUAUAAACUAUCUAAGUAAAUACUUUAACCGUAACAUAUACAUUUAUUAUGUAGUACCCCAACAGAUUUAAACCGUUGUUAAGUUUGUGAGUCCGGGUGUAGAGGUAACACAAAAAUUACAUUGUAGUGUUAAACAUUACGUUGUCAAGGCGUGGUGUUUAAAUAUUUAUAGUAUGGCUAACAAAGCUUUAUGAAAUUCGUUAAUUAGGUAAAAUGAACUUAAAUCAAUGUUGAUAUUGUUUUAGAAAAAAAUGUGCCAAAGUAAGACCAGAGCACUAAUUUCUAAUAUUAGAACAAAGCCUGAACUCGCAUAGGUUGACAGGCGAAAAAAUACUAUAAGGUGUUGUUCAUAGCACACUAGUCGUUGAGAUCACGUAUAAUUUUAUACAGAUGUUCCAGUAAUUAAAAAAUAUCCGACUUGUUCAUAACAAACAAUGGCUGUGGCGCUAUCACAGCAAUAAGUAAUCUCAAGUUUGGUGGUUUCACUAUUUUAACAUAUAUCAUCAUAUUAAAAAUAAAUGUUUGAUGAAAUCUUUUGAUUUUGGGAUAUUCUUAAAUCGGUCAAUAAAUGUUUAGAUUAAGCCAAAAAAGAUGAUUAUAUAUAUAUUAGGGAUUUGUUUACAUUUUACCCAAAACAAGACAAAAAUAUCGAAGAGAGCAUAUUGAUGACAGUGAUUGUCUUUUGAUAAAUAUUUUGUAAAAUCGUGAUUAUACGCCGAUAUUUAGAUGAAAUUGUAUGUGAUAGUAGAUAAUUUAUUGAUUAGUUGCUAAUUUAUACGAGUAUAUGUGUUACUGAGCACCCGGUGGAUACAUAGUUAUUUAUACUUUUGUUAUUCGUGAAAGAUUAUAUUAUUUGUUUUCAGUUCUAACAUUAAUUUAUCUGAAUAUACGUAUAUAGACACAUGUUUCAAACGUACUAGAGAAAUAUAUUUUGUACGAUUAGAAAUAUUAUUUGCGUUGAUUAAACUGUAACUUUUAUUUAGAACGUCACAUUUAAACAAAAUGAUACUGAUCACAGAUAUUAGUCGCGUACACAUGUGCAACAGGUCCACGUUCACGUCCCGUGGCACGUAUGUACGCGCGUUUGUAUUAUAUACUUUAGAUUAAUUACUAUAGUGGCUAUCUGAACGGUAGUGAAAAACAAAAUAAAAAUUAAGUGGUUAGUUAUCAUUACGUUUAGGAAAAUUUAUAAAAAAACAUACAACAAAAACAUUGCGUAUAUAUUUCUUGUGUAAGCAAUGACUAACUACUGACAUAUACAAUGGUCUUUUUGUUACCUAUAAGUGAUUGUUUUGAUGUUGACUGUACAUGUAUAGCCACGUAUGUAAGUUUAUUUGUAUUUAUUGUACUUUCAGGGCCUUAUUUCUAUAUCUUCGCAUGAUGAGUUUUUUUACUGGACUGUCACACCCAUAUUCAAUUUUUUUUAACAAAAAUCGUAUGCAAAAGGAAAUAUGCACAACCUUUUCUAAUAUUAAUUAUUUUGCUGCAAUUGCGUAGAGACUAAAGUCAAUAUUUGAAUGACUGAAUCAAACGUGGCGUUUGAAGUAGAUAUUCGUGUAGCAUAAGUACCGAGUACAAAAUUAUACUGCUGAUAGAGUAAUCGCAAUAGCAUCAAAACUUAGUUUACUUUACAUAGUUUAUCACAUGUUGACUCAAUGAAAAAAGGUCCUGGACUUAAGAAAGCCCUCUAUUCAUGGUAAUCUUAUACUUUGAACGUUCAUUUAUAUAUAACCCUUGUACAUAAGACGUUCCUGUUUUAUACUAGCAUUGGUCCAGGGUCUAAAAAUAUGAAAGGUCGAGUUCUUUUAUAGAUCCUCCAUUCUUUUACCCCCUUCCUUAUCAACUAUUAACUUACUAUUAGUCGUACGUAGAAGCGAGUUUCUUGGUAUCUUAUUUAUUAUUACUUUAGUUAUUCUUUCAAUGAUGUUUUGGCAUUGAGAAUUUCACCCUGACAUUUUUAACCUUGGACUCGCAUUAUUUUAUACUACUCGCACAGAAUCCAAUGAAAUGAUGCAAAAAUUUAGAAAUUAGUCGCACACCACAGAACAUUUCACACGGUACCUCUUCAUGAUAAAUAUUUCGAAGGUAAUCGUUUGGAGAUUUUUGCUUAAUCAUACACUAUAAAAUAUAGGCAAGUAGAUAAAAUUUUGUGCAGUAUGUACUUGCUGAAACAAUGGACCCUGCACAAAACAUGCGGAAAAUGGGUCCAGUCGAUUGACGUUUAAAAAUUCAGUAUGAAGAACUUGUUGCAUUUCCGAACAAAAGUUUUCAUGGGGCCAAUCCUAUGGCUUGUUUCUGAGAAAUGUUGGUUUGAAGUUUGUCUGAUUUGCAACAAUUGUGAUUGUGCUUAUUGUAGAUCUCUGACCAAAUAUUGAGAUAAUUUUUAAAGUAUUAUUUCAUUAAAAACGUUGUAGAAAGGAGCUGGGAAGUACCAUGCUGAUCUUGCCCAUAAUCCCUAAAAGGUCAGUUUAAGAGCAAAUUUAUUUGUAUAGGUUGUUGCUAAAACAGAUCUGGUACGAGUUGUUCUCGCGAAAAGAUUCGCACAAAAGGACAGUUCGCUUCACAAGAGCAUGAAGAAAUCAUGGUUGUUUACUUGUCUUUGUUUAUGACCCCUACUAGAUCAAAUCAAAGUAAUGUUUAUCUUGAAGGAGGAAGGACUGGCCAAUAGAGUAUCUUGAAAAAAACAAGUUAUACAAAAACAAAAAAAGAAAAGUGAAAAUGGAAGGAUUAAAUCACAAAACAAGAGAAUGAGUAAUGCCGAUUUAGCUAUAAAAAGAAGAAGAGAUAAUAGAUUAUGAAGAAACCGGAAAAUAACUGAUCGAAAAUAAAAAAGAAUGGAAAUGAAAGAACUUCUUAAUCUAGCAGUUGUCUUGCAAAUAUCUUUUCAACUUUACUUUAAGACUCUGGGAAGACUGAAUAGUCUUUAGAUCUUGGCCUAAGCUAUUGUAAGAUACAAUUGCAUUGUAAGUAAAUGAUCUUCUGAAAAAUGUUGUGCGAUGUAUUGGCAUGGUUAAGGUGUACCGGUUACAAACCUGAAGAUUAUUCACAGACGCCCUUGGUACAACUUUACAACUGAUGUAAUGAGGGGAUGAUGUCAGUACGAUUCUGUGAGUAACGCUUAGAAUAGAGUAACUGAAAAGAUUUUCAACGCAUAGCCAUGCAAGGUUACGAUACAAAUGUGAUACAUGAUCGAACUUUCUUAGGCCUUCGAUAUACCCUACACAGGUAUACUGCACUGUCUGCUAAUGUUUUGCGUUAAUAGACGUCAGGCAAGGGUAACAUAUGGAUAAGCCAUAUAACAUUUUAGAAAUAACUAAACUUUGACACAAUUUAAUUUUGAUGUCUUCAUGCAGAAUAUGUUUGUUUGCAAACAGAAGCCUCGGGAAAAGAUAACAAUUUUUCAAGAGGUUAUUCAGAUGGGAGUUGAAACGUAAGUCCGAGUCAAAGUGAAUGCCCAAAUUUCUUAUUUUUUUCAGAAAAAAAUAAUUGCCUCCUCAUUAACUUUGACGUGAAUUAAUGGUUUAAGGUUCUCACACAAUCUUUUAUUGCCAAAUAAUAUGGCAAAACAUUUGUGACCCUUAUUAGGUCAAAUCAAAGUCAUGUUUAUUUUGAAGAAGAACGGGAAAGCGCACAUGUAUCAACAUUAUUCUAAGUUGCUGUAAAUUAUCCAUCUCCUUUACACUGACCAAUAGAUGAAUCAAAUUAAUGACAUAUAUAUAUAUAUAUAUAUAUAUAUAUAUGUCUUUCUGACGAAAAAGUUUAUUUGUUUCAGCCGCAUAUAUAGAUUACUAACCAAUCUUCAACUAUAACACAAGUGCUACAUUUGCAUUGCUCGUAAAUCCAAAACGCGAUUAAUAAUACUUGGACACUUCAAGGACACGCUGUUGUUGGUUGAAUUGAAAUGAUCAGGGACAAAUAAGCAACCACGACUUUCGCCCUUGUGAAACGAACUGUGCUUUUAAGUGAAUCUUUUUGAAUUCUCGAACAUCGUCAAAGUACAAAAAUAGAAUUUCCAUUGAAGUGACCCUGUAAGGGGCAUCGUCAAGAUCAACAUGACACAACCCAAUACCUGCUACAUGUUUGUUUAAUGAAUUAUUUUCUUCAGUAUAACACUACAAUAAUCACAUUCACCGUUUUUGCAAACUGGGCAAACUUAAUCUAGCCAUAUCUCAAAAACUAAUCAUAUGAUUGCUUUGGUCCCAUCAGAACUUUUGUUUAGGAAGGCAAGAAAUAUAUCACACUGGAUUUUUAAGCUUUUGCCCUGACAAAAUACUAGGACAUUAAGCACCGAAAAGUGGGCGAUUCGAAUUCGGCCCCUACCAUUGAGAUGUCAGAAGUGGUUGAAGUUCUAUAUUUCAAAUAUUCCAGUGAACCAGAUUUUAAUUCUGCUACAACUGUUCUAUGAAAUUAUUUCGGCAAAUGGAUACUGUUCGAAUCGUGUUCUUCCAAUUACAUUUUAGUAGUGUUACAAAUGUGAUUCUUCCAUACUAAACUAUCGCAAAAAUCUUCAUCCCGAAGCCUCCGGAAAAACACGUAUUAAAAUUAUUAUUAUUACUAGCCGGUUGUAAGUACAGCACUUGUGUAAAGUAUUAGGUACUCGGCCACAAAAAAGCAAUAAACAACAACAAUUUUCCUGACACGAUUUUGUGCUGCGAACACUUCACAGUUUUGCCACUCGACAAACGAUUUUUUUGUAUCAUUAGGGGAAGAUUGGUACAAACAGUGAAAUACUUUGGAUAUAAACAAAAUUGGUUGGACGAGUAGUAAACAUGUGCACAUAUAAAAGUGCAUAAUAAUUGGGAGAAAAAAUAAUAGCGCAAGCUUGAUUCAUUGGAAAUUUUCUGUGACGUGGAAAAGAUUCGCCCGAUUAUUUUUGCUACCGACUGUACAAUAAUAUUUACUGGGCUCCAUUGUAGCAUGUUUAACCUCUUGAACCAUUCACUAGAAUAAUUUUUGCCCGCCUGACAUGGGUGUCUAAUGUUUUUUCGCAAGGACUGUACAUCGGCGAAACGAAAUUCUAAAAUGUAUUAUAAAUAUUAUUGUAAUAAAAAUUAUAUAUACAAAGUAGGGCGAGCGCUCAUAGCAAAACAAAAUAAAAAAUAACUAGAAACACUGACUGUACAUAUUUAUGAAUUAGAGCCACCAAAAAAUAUUUAAGAAAAAACCCAAAGGAGUUAAGUGUAGGUCAAAAUUACAUUUAAUGCGUGUCAGAUUGAUACGAGUAAUCUAGUAGGCAAAAUGUUGGAGAAACUCACAACUGUAAGAUUUUUACCUAACUGGAAGCUUUGAAGUAUCCAGUGUACUCUGUUAAAGAAGAUUACAGGAACAUCCUGACGAGAAAGAAACAGGAUACGUGUACCAGUAAUAUUUCAAACACUCCGGACCUCAUACAUUUAAACAGUUGUGAAUACCUUCACGAAAAUAUUCGACGCACUCUCUAUAGGUAAGUCGCCAGUGCCAUCCAUGCUAUUGAUUGAUAAAAUCACUCAAAAUAAAUACACAGAUUGAGAAAAUCCAAUAUAGGUCGAAGUUCUGGAAUGAGCAAAUUUUUAACAAAAUAUGUGGCUAUACUUGAAACAGCUCGACAAAGGCAAAUCAAAUAUAGGUAAUUAAUUCUUCAUUUCUUUUUACAGAAAAGUAAUAUGAAGAAGUUACAUUAUAAGAUUACUUCAUCAGUUUCAACUGGAUGAAAAAUUGUUUUAUUGGUCAGACGACAGUAAAUUUUUUGGUGGUAUGCCACCAUUUUGAUAAGCGUGUUUGAUCGAAAAUCUCAGAAACCAUCGAUCCUAUCUUAAAAAAGUAAUGAAAACAAUUUGUAGGGGAUUAAAUUCUUCAUUCUGCUUCUAUGGAAAUUUGUCAUAUACAUAUGUUAUAUGUAUAUACAGGUUACGAGAAACUUAAAGGUAAAGGUACAUGUAAUAAUAUUGUCGCUUAUAAUGGCUUAGCUAACAACUUAAGCGUAUAAAGACUGCUAUAUUUUUUGUAGAGAAAAAAAAUUUCUAUAAAUAAGGUCUUCCACGUUUUUUUGACACAUUAAUGGUUCUUCAAGCUUGAAAAGCGAAAUUUGAGAAUUCUUAUCAAAAGUCAGCAUACAACAUGUUUUGACGUAGUCAUUAUCUAUUAUAAAGCACAAAUGCAAUAUUUUCGGAUAAUCUAUAACGUCUUCAUCAUGUAAAUGCAAGUCACUCAUUUCCGUCAUUCUCUCUAUUGGAGAUUUUCUACUGAAUCGCCCCUUCCAUUAAAAUCGAUGCAACGGUUACUGAGAUUACUUAAAAGCGAAAUCGCCAAUUGACAGGCUGAUGCGAAUUAGUGACUUGAUCUUAAUAAUCAAAACAUUGCAGAUUAUCAAAAAAUAUAUUUUCCAUACUUUUACGUGACAGCAAAAAAUGUUAUUCACUUUUAUGGUAUCCUUGGCCAUAGAUAAUGAUUAUGAAGUUAUCUCCACGUGAAAUAAUGUUGUAUGUGGAUAACGGGGACGAGGUACGUAGCGUGUAGAUUACUUCGCGUGACUGUUUUAAAACGAAUUUUACAGCUUUCCCUCCUUAUACCUCAAUAACCAUCAAAAUAUUUAAAAAUCAACAAGUUCUUUUUUUGUAGAAAAUGUUAUUCUCUUCUAUUUUCUCCUAUUAGAUUCUUGGUUUGGCCGUUAUAAGUGUAAAUAUGAUUACAUGUACAUUUACCAUUCAAUUUCUCGUAACCCGUUAACUAUACGUCAAUUUUUUAUUCAAGCGAAAUGAUAAAGAAUUUAACUCUCGACAAAAUUGAUUAUACUACCUUUUUACAUGGAUCGAUGGUUUGCGAGAUUUUCGAUCAAACGCGUUUACCAAAAUCGGCCCAAAUGCUCUAUCAAGGCGACAAUUUGAACUUAUCAGUAGGAAGCAAUAAUAUUACGAUAUCACCAAAAAAUUUAUUGUCGCGAAAAUUGUAGGAUUUUCUUAUGUAAAAUCUUCUUGGCCUAUUAUGGGACAUCACCAGGGUUUUAAGGGCAUUCCUUGUAAUCCCGGAAAAGCUCCAAAGGUGAGGAUUCGUUCAUGAAUCCAAACACGACUUCUGGCUUCUGGUUCAGUGUAUUUUUUAUAUGACCUGCGCGUCUGCAUCUGAAUGCUGUUGAUGCUGCAGCCAGAUGUCGCAUCUGUAUACGUGAACGAAAAAUCACAAAACUACUCCCGGACUAGUCUAGUAUGUUAACCUAGAGUAGUUAGAUGGUCUGCCUAGUGUGGAAGUUCUCGAAAGAAACUUGGAGGGCAGUAGCCCAGGCUACGAAGAAAAAAAUAGGUAUUUCAUAUAAAAAAGCUUAGCAAAUAUCUGAAAGUUUUAAAUGACAAAUAUAUAAAAAGAUAUAGCCAGAUAUGCGUUGUUUUUUAUAAACAAUGGGAAAAGCUCUAAAUUCAGUAUUUUGCUUGUAUAAUUUUCAAAUUAAAUUUUAUAGGUAAUGCGGU